GAAAAAAAGGUGCACCCACAGAGCCGGCGCCACCCGCAAGGUGAGUCACGGGCGCAAUUGCCAAUUGGGCUCCAAGGUCACAGCUCAGCAUGGAUCUGAACGGGGUCGAGCGCGUCCGCAUCGAAGCGUACGUCGAGAAGGGCGUCGUCAUGUACCGCAUCGCGCUCAUCUGCCCCGUCAUGGGCCAGUGGUGGACCAUCCUAGCGCGCUACUCCAAGAUCCGCUCGUUCUACGACCGCCUCUGCAGCCUCCAGCUCUCAUUGCAGUGGGAAAAGCACACGUUCGCCGAGGCUCUCUCGACGGUCGUGCCCUCGGCGUGGUUUCCGCGGCGCCGCCUCUCGUCGUCCUCGAUCCGUGUCCAAACCGAGCGCAUCCGCGGUUUUCAGGCCUUCUUUGGCAACUUGCUCAGCGCCAAGUUGCACCUCGCAUCGCGCCGGCAGUCGCACACGGUCGUGCGCGACCUGGUUGUCCUCGUUCAGACCUUUUUGCGCACGCCGUAUAACCCGGCUGAGGACGCACCGCCAUUGCCGCCGGUUGGCACUGCGCCCGAGAUGGACGAUGACAUCCCGGUCGGCGUCCCGCUCUCGGAAGCGCCGGCGAUCGCAGCGCUCUUCAACAACGACUGCACGAUCUGCCUUGUCGCCUUCACGCACGAUGAGUUUCAGACUGCGGGCCAUAUCGUCAAGACGUCGUGCGACCAUCUCUUCCAUGCGUCGUGCAUUGACAGCUGGAUUGGCCUUGCAAAAACAACGUGCCCGCUCUGUCGAGACCACAUUGCCCACAUUACGGGCUUGUACAAUGAUUAAACUAGUUUUUAAGCAAAUGCAAUAUACAUCAUGUGUCGUAGUC